AAGACCCAUUGCUUCAUUAAAGAACCAACCCAACAUUCUCUAUUCUUUUCUCUCAAUUGGUCUCCUAUGGACUUCCUUUUGUUCUGACGAUCAUAUCUCAAGGGAAAGAUGAAGAAGAACAUGGAAAAUCAAAGCCAAAAUAACAAUAGCCCACCAAUUCUCAUCAAAUCCAACAUGAUCCAACUCCACCACCUCAUCCCCCAUAUCCUUCUCUUUGGCUUUGGUUUGGCCAUUGGAGCCACCCUCACUUCCUAUCUCAACUUCUUCCAAUUCCCCUUCCAAACCUCCUCCAACGUCACCGCCGCCCCUUUGUCCCAUCCACUGCCACUGCCACCGCCACCGCCAUUGCCACUGUCGUCGCCGCCAUUGGCAGAGGAGACAAGGCCAGUGGAUCUCCUUGGGCCGCCUACGGUGAUGCACGGGAUGGAAGAAAAAGAACUGUUCUGGAGGGCAUCGAUGAGCCCUAAGAUAAGCGAGUUCCCGUUCAAGAGGGUCCCAAAAGUGGCAUUCAUGUUCCUGACGAGGGGCCCGCUCCCGUUGAGGCCUCUGUGGGAGAUGUUCUUCAAAGGUGUCGACGCAGGGCUCUACUCCAUCUACGUCCACACACACCCUUCGUUCAAUGAGCCGGUGCCGCCAGACUCGGUCUUCCACGGCCGGAGAAUCCCUAGUAAGGAGGCGCAUUGGGGAUCGUUUAGCUUGGUGGAAGCGGAGCGUCGCUUGCUGGCCAAUGCGUUGCUGGACUGGUCGAACGAGCGGUUCGUCCUGCUUUCGGAGUCGUGCAUCCCUCUGUUCAACUUCACGACCGUUUACAACUACCUCGUGGGCUCGUCCAUGACCUUCGUCGAGGUCUAUGACCUGCCUGGGCCGGUGGGCCGCGGCAGGUACAACCAGCAGAUGAGGCCCACGGUCUGGCCCAAACAAUGGAGGAAGGGGUCACAGUGGUUUGAGAUGGACCGGGCCCUGGCCCUGGAGGUGGUCUCGGACCGGACCUACAGCUCCGUGUUCCGGAGGUUCUGCCGGGGCUCAUGCUACGGGGACGAGCACUACCUGCCAACGUUUGUGAACAUCAACUUCGGGUGGAGGAACUCGAAUAGGACUUUGACCUGGGUUGACUGGUCGGGGGCCGGGCCCCACCCGCGGAGGUUCAUAAGGACGGGCGUGAACGUUGGCCUGCUGGAGAGGCUGAGGAGUGGGACCAAGUGCCAAUACAAUGGGCAGACCACAAAUGUCUGCUUCUUGUUUGCAAGGAAGUUCUUGCCCAACACCCUCGACCGGUUGCUUAGGUUUGCCCCAGAGGUCAUGAAAUUCAAUUGAUUCUUUCUCACUCUCUUCGGGUUCGGCAUUCGGGUCAAUUGGGACUGACUAUUAGAAUUAUCCCAUGAAAACUGAUACUUAUACAGGGGGCAAAUUUGCGAACCUGCUUCGAGAACUCUUGAAGUGGUUUUUAGAUUGCCGUCUCGUUGAUGGCUUAUCAUUUCUUCUAUAAUUUUGUCCAUACACAACAAUCUGGGGCCAUGUUCAUUCAUCCUUUAUCUCAUGGAUAACACCCUAUGCCAAUACAAUUGAUUUGACUUGUUGUUUUGCCCAAAAGGUCAUGAAAAUCAUUUGAUUCUUUCUCCUUUGUCGGGAUUGAAAGUCGGACCAGUCGAGCCUGACUGUUUGAAAUUAUCACAUGAGCACUAAUAUACCACGCAGAUUAAAUUUACACAUCUACUGGGAGGAUUCUUCGAGUGUUUUCUAUACUACAAUCAUAUUGAAUAUUGUAUAUCAUUCUUAUUAUUCUGCCC